AUGUGCGUUGCAAAAUGGUGCAAAACCGCCUCUGCUAUAGCGAAACCAUCGCUGGAUGAUCCUCCACGACCUAAUUCAUCCAGAAUGAUCAAUGACCGAGGGUGCUAUGUCAUUUGGAAUGAAAUCUUUGGUCCCUGUGAUGCCGCCUGGUACAAAACAUGGAUGUCUAAGUUCUUCAAAUUCGAUUUGGGCAAAUGGCUCAUCAAUGAAUUCAGGUCUGCAGGCAGGCAUACCUAG